ACAAUUGUAUGGAUUAAACCGAAUGAAAACGUUGUGAUUGGAAGUUUCUUUUGAUCAUGACAAUUUUAAUUUUUUUUGGUAUUUGUACAUUCCUGGCAGCAAAAUCCAUAUUGUUGGCGAAGAUUCUUUGGUCACAAAAUUGCAGUGGUAUUAGUGGAAAGACGCAAGUUCUUUAUGCUAUUAUUUUUGCCGCAAGAUAUUUGGACAUAGUGAUGACCUAUUAUCGUUGUACAUUAAGUAUUUUCCUACUAAAAAUAGCUUUUAUAGUUCUUACGAAUUGUUCUGUGCUAUCAAUAUAUUUUCUAUACAAUCACACUUAUCAAAAAGAAUAUGAUAAUUUCAGAAUCGAACGAUUGAUAUUACCAUGUAUCGUUCUGUCUCUCCUCGCAAAUUACAGCUUCAAAAUCGAUGAAGUAUUUUGGACUUUUAGUAUUUACCUUGAAUCUGUUGCAAUAAUUCCUCAAAUGUACUUCAUAUCACAGUUCAAGCAAAUCGAAUCUAUCGUAUUUUAUUAUAUUUCGGCAUUGUCAAUGUAUAAGAUUUUUUACUUGAUGGAUAUUGUCUAUCGAUUUUACAUGAACGAAUAUUAUGAUAAGAUAUCCUUGGCCGGUUGUGUGGUGCAAAUCAUCUUUUACUGUGACUUUUUCGCGAACUAUGUCCCUAUGACAAAUGACACUGAAAUUGAUGAGGAGAGUGGAUUUAGUGAAGAGGACAAAGUCGAUGAUAAAUUUAAAAAGAUAGAGAAUGUAAUUGUGCAUGUGAUUGAUGAGAAAGUUUAGAUAAAAAAAAUUAGAAAAUGAUUUUAAUUCUUACGACUCUUAACAAAAUAGAUAUGACAAUUGCCGUAAUUUUAUCAUAAUAAACAAAUUGCUAUAUGAUACACGAUUGUAUGUACUGGUCUUUUUAGCUUAGUAAUUUUAGUAUGAUAGAAAUUAAAUAUUUCAUUUAGAUUUUUCACGAUCUUUUAAAGAGUAUUUCAAUAAAUAUGCAUAUAAAUUUAUAAAUUUUCUCUUUACUUUUUAAUCAU